GAAAUUUUUGCCAAACGUCAACCACCAUUGGUCCUAUCAAACCCUCAUAUUGAAAUAUUAUACAUGUACAAAGAAGAACAUCCUGAGCCAACAGAAUUAUAUAUUGCACAAAAUAUUGCAGGAUGGUUAGAAAAUUUAUUAAAAAUUUUGACUCAUAGAAUCAUAAAUAACAACAAUGAUAAUUGUUUGGAAGAAUAUGAUUCUGAUGGAGAAGUUAUUGGAUUUGAACAUUUAUUAUUUGUUCAAUUUGAAUUUAUUGGAUUGACAAUUAGAAAGAAAUCUCUUGUUUGGAUUAUUAUACAAUACAUGCAAAUGACUGUUGAACAAGCAGAAACUUGGAUUUCAGAUGCUAAUCAAUUUGUAGCUGACGAUGAUGAUGAUACCUUCAACUUUAGUGUUAGAGUUGCAGCAGAAGAUUUACUAACGAUAUUAAUGGACAAAUUUCCGGAACGCACAUUAAAAAGUCUAACAGCAAUUUCACAACAUAACAUGGCUGAAUCUAAUAAAGCCCGUGCUGACGGUGAUCCUAAUUGGUGGCAAAUUCAUGAAGCAUGUUUAAAAGCAAUCGGGUUUGUUUCUAAUGAACUAAUAUCCGCAUUAAAUGAUAAAAAUUUAAAUAUUGGAAUAAAUCUUGGCAUAUUAUUUGAACAAAUAAUACAUCAAAUUUUAAAUGAGCCAGGAUUUCCAUUUCUUAGAGGACGUGCAUUUGUUUUCGCAAGCCAAUUUGCAUCAGUUUUACCUGGAGAGUUAACAUCAGGUUUUAUUAAAGCUGCUAUUGAAGCGAUUAAAGAUCCUGACGGUACUAUUCCUGUAAAAGUAUCCGCUUUACGUGCAUUAAAAAGUUUUUGUCGAAAUUUAAAUGAACAAUAUGUUCUACCAUUUCAAGGAACCAUUAUUGAAUGUGUAGCAAAUCUUAUUAAUGUGACAACAGAAGAUUUCCUAUUAUUAGUAUUGGAAACACUUGAAAGAGCUAUUAAAAUAAAUAGGGAUGUAAUAUUUCAAUAUGAGGGUUUGAUAGGACCAAUGGUGGUUGACGUUUGGCAAAAAUUUCCUUCAGAACAUCUUGUUAUGUCGGCGGUAAAUUCGAUUUCUGAAACUUUAUCAAUUAAUUCAACAUUUAUAGAAAGAGCUUUACCUGCCUUGGCCAAUAUAAUAAUGAAUCCUACAAUUGAUUCAUCACAUACUGAAUCUGCUAUAGAUUUAAUAACAAGUCUUAUCAGAGGAACAACAAUAUCACCUUUGCCGUUCGUAUAUAUACAACAUAUAUUUCCGCCCUUAAUUCAUUUAAUGUUAACAACAGAAGAACGUAGUAUAUUGCAGAGUGGAGAAAUUUGUUUAAGAUAUCUUGUACAAAAGGGUUGUUCGCAAAUUUCUGAAUGGACUGAUAAUAUUGGUAAAUCUGGACUAAGUUAUUUGAUAGAUUAUAUUGCUAAAUCACUUCAACCAAUUGAAGGGGAAUCAGCUGCUUUUCUUGGAGAUUUAGUUGUAAUUUUAAUUAAAAAAGCUGGCGAUAAACUUAACCCCGUACUUCCUGAUUUGUUGAAAGCAGUUGCUUUAAAACUAGAUAGCGCCAAAACAACAACAUCCAUACAAGUAUUACUUCACAAAUGGCUUGAACACCAUGAUAGUUUUACUGGUUAUUACAAUUGUAAAGUUAGCUCUGUUGCUUUAACGAAGCUUUUUAGUUGUGGUGAUCCAAGAAUAAGCGCUAUUCAGGUUAAAGGUGAUUUAAAAGAAUCCAAUGCUACUGGAUCACCGUCAGCACGGGCUUUAUUAGAUUCAGCCAUGUUAUGUUGUGAAAUUGCUGUUAGACUUUUUAAUGUGCGAUUUCCAUUUCUUAGAGGACGUGCAUUUGUUUUCGCAAGCCAAUUUGCAUCAGUUUUACCUGGAGAGUUAACAUCAGGUUUUAUUAAAGCUGCUAUUGAAGCGAUUAAAGAUCCUGACGGUACUAUUCCUGUAAAAGUAUCCGCUUUACGUGCAUUAAAAAGUUUUUGUCGAAAUUUAAAUGAACAAUAUGUUCUACCAUUUCAAGGAACCAUUAUUGAAUGUGUAGCAAAUCUUAUUAAUGUGACAACAGAAGAUUUCCUAUUAUUAGUAUUGGAAACACUUGAAAGAGCUAUUAAAAUAAAUAGGGAUGUAAUAUUUCAAUAUGAGGGUUUGAUAGGACCAAUGGUGGUUGACGUUUGGCAAAAAUUUCCUUCAGAACAUCUUGUUAUGUCGGCGGUAAAUUCGAUUUCUGAAACUUUAUCAAUUAAUUCAACAUUUAUAGAAAGAGCUUUACCUGCCUUGGCCAAUAUAAUAAUGAAUCCUACAAUUGAUUCAUCACAUACUGAAUCUGCUAUAGAUUUAAUAACAAGUCUUAUCAGAGGAACAACAAUAUCACCUUUGCCGUUCGUAUAUAUACAACAUAUAUUUCCGCCCUUAAUUCAUUUAAUGUUAACAACAGAAGAACGUAGUAUAUUGCAGAGUGGAGAAAUUUGUUUAAGAUAUCUUGUACAAAAGGGUUGUUCGCAAAUUUCUGAAUGGACUGAUAAUAUUGGUAAAUCUGGACUAAGUUAUUUGAUAGAUUAUAUUGCUAAAUCACUUCAACCAAUUGAAGGGGAAUCAGCUGCUUUUCUUGGAGAUUUAGUUGUAAUUUUAAUUAAAAAAGCUGGCGAUAAACUUAACCCCGUACUUCCUGAUUUGUUGAAAGCAGUUGCUUUAAAACUAGAUAGCGCCAAAACAACAACAUCCAUACAAGUAUUACUUCACAAAUGGCUUGAACACCAUGAUAGUUUUACUGGUUAUUACAAUUGUAAAGUUAGCUCUGUUGCUUUAACGAAGCUUUUUAGUUGUGGUGAUCCAAGAAUAAGCGCUAUUCAGGUUAAAGGUGAUUUAAAAGAAUCCAAUGCUACUGGAAUUAAAACACGUUCAAAGUCACGUCAAAGUUUUGAACAUUUAUAUGAAGAAGAAGAGGAUGAUGGUGCUGAAUCGGAUGAUAAUGAUGAUGACUGGGAGGAUGUUGAACAACCAUCACCUUUUACACCUGCUGAAAAUUACGUGAUUUCUGAUUUUUUGGAUAGAGAACAAGAGCUUGAAGAUAUAGAAAAUGAUCCAGAUAUAAAAAAUGAUGAAAUUUAUAAUCUUAAAUUAAGUGAAUAUAUUUUACAUUUCCUUCUACAUUGUAAAACACAAAAUGUCAAUAACUUUCGUCAGAUAUGUGAACAAGAUUUAAACCAAGAAGAAAGAAUUAAAUUGCAAUUGAUUGAUUGA